AGUUGGACAGGUAUAUGUUUGAAAAAUGAUUAACUAAUGAAUUAUACAAACGUCAUCCUCGAUCGAAACCGUACGUGUCCAAAUACAAGAAUUAGAAAAGCACUGUUUUUUGGCCGGUUAAAUGGGCUUUUGGCGUAGAACAUCGAGCCUAGGGUCAGAAAUCCUAUUUUUCUUCAAAACUCUAUGGCCUCUGGGCAACUGAAACUUUAAACGGCGCACUUAUGCAAGGGCUUAAUCUGGUGUUGCGACUACAGCUGGGGUUCGCCUGGGAGCUGUUAUCGAAUGCAUAAGGACGUAGCAGUAGUGAGAACGAGGGCAGUCCCCGUUGUUACCAUUAACAAGAUUAGGAUGCGCAAACGUCUCGAACAGUGUGCUUCAUAUUGAAGGGCGCGAUAUAUUUCAUUGUUUUUGGAGGAACAUCAUGGAACGUUAUGCACUCAUUCUUGCAUUGGAGUCGACCAAAAGUUAUGGUCUAUCAGCUGCUGUUGAAUUGUUGAGUGUCUAAGGUAUCCGGUAUGAUUAAUAUGCAUAGGAACGAAAGAAUCUCGCGAUCAGCGAAAUGAUUCCGACCGCCAGCAGAAUACAUCACAGUUAUUGUAGAUUAUCUAAAUGGCUGCCUUCAGAUGUUGAAAGCUUGAGGGGAAUGUUUCGCAUUAACGAGACUCUCUGCGAGAGCGAUCGGCCGUGUCCCUUCGCUGGAUCGCUGUGUGAUAUCAACCUCAAGAGAUGUAUAUGUGCUCUCUCGCAUGUGUACAAUCAUGGAUCGGAUUCUUGCGAGCCAACGUGCGUCGGAGGCCCGUGUGGCUCUGGAGAUAAUCGAGAUGGUGGUAGUCACGGACUGAGCGGCUCGACACGUGACGGUGCUUCAAAUUUUCCUGAUCUAGGUAGCGGCGGCGGCAUAGGACCGUGGCCAGUAUCAGCCGCCCAUAUUGCAGCAAUGUUUGCUGCCUGCGUACUCAUUUUAGCCGUUUGCCACCUCGUUAUCAGACUGUACAUGCGUCGACGAGAGGCUGCAUUUCUUCGAAACCACAAUCGGUCGUAUCUGGAAUCCCUAGUCGUUCGUGGGGCGAUGGUCUCAUCUGGCGGUGGACCUGAAGGACCCGUCAUAGCCGGGGCUGCACCGAAUUUCAACUAUGAGGAUCUUGACGCGGCCGUAGCUUGCGUUUUGCGACCACCUGGUUAUUUGGAGGCCACUAGAACCAACGUGUGAGACGUAUGGGUAGUCAAAUGAAUAAUAAAGUAAAUCAUUCAA